CAUGACCAGUUGCUUGAGAUUCUUGAGAUGCCACAGCUGAUGGAUGCGUGCAUCAAGGGAAAAUACUUUGAUGCGGCCAUCAAGCUCCGGGCACACGUACAGCGGCUCAACAAGAAGUUCCGGGACAUCCCAAUCAUCCAGGGCAUAUGGGCGGAUGUGGAGCGGGCUACGCGGUACAUGCUGCAAGGGAUCAUCGAGCAGUUGCAGGGAGAUGUGCAGGUGUCAGAUUGCAUUCAGCUUGCAGGCCAUCUGCGUACGCUGCACAUGUUCACAGAGAGCGAACUUCGCGUCAUCUUCCUCUCCGCUCGCAGCGUCUGGCUCGAUAAGUGCCUCCAAAUCAGCGACAAGGAUGCACACCGGUAUCUGUCCGAGGUGAUUGACACGAGCAGGCGUCAAAUCUUCAACAUCAUGCAGCAGUACAAGGCCGUGUUCCCGAGCAGCGCAGUGUCUGCGAGUACUACCAUCACCUGUGACAUUCUUCACGACUGGUGUCUCACGCGGGUGAACAUGUUUCUGCAAGACGUCAACACGCAUCUUCCGCGCGUCACGGAUCGCAUCAGCACGCUUCUCAACCAGGCCAUGCCGUUUGGCAUGUCGCUGGGCCGCUGCGGCCUCGACUUUCGCUAUCUCCUCGCUCCAAUCUUCGAGCGGGCCAUCCUCACGCUGUUCACAUCGCGUGUGCGCACCGCGUUUCUUGCCUUUGAGAACGACCUGCCCACCACCAGCAUGCUCGUGCCGUCGCUCCUCAACGCAAAGACGCCGGCACAGCUCGACGUUGGGUUUGCCGGGUCGCCGCAGGUUCCGCUGUCGCUGAUGGCGCAUCCAACGCUCGCUGUCACCACAAACGCCGUCCUGGCCGCGCUCAACGAACUCAGAGAGUGCGCGCCGCUGUCGAUUGCAGAGGAUGCGGCCAAGUCGCUCGCGGUGUGUGCACUCGUUGCUGCACAGCGCCUUCGAGAACACGCAGACAACAUGGUGCACUCCUACACAGCGCGAGAGCACGACUGCUAUGUGCGGUUCUGCGGGCUGUACGUUGCGGCUGCGGUCCCGUUUCUCUUCAACUGCCUCCGCGCCAUCUAUCCACCAACCCUCUUCCAUGAGCGCGGUGUGCUGCCGGUCGUCGGCCCCACCCGCGACCUCUCAACACUCCUCGACCCAGCGCUCAUUGCAACGGAGCUCGAACCAGUCUGUCCCGAGGCGGUUGCUGCUGUCCUGCGCUCGUCACUGCAUCGCCAGUCGUCGGCAACAGAAGAGAAGAGGACCGGCAGCAGGCAGAGCAUCGACGCGCAGCAGCAGGGAGGGUCACAGGAGGGCGACACAGCAGCGGAAGCAGAGACCGUGCUGGUUGAAGAGUUGCGGGCCCAUGGGAGCGAGGAAGAAGAAAAGAAAGAGAGUGGCGAGCAGGACACCACUUCCACACCAAGUGAUGCUGGUCAUCAAGAAGCAAAGCAGCAACAGCAGGAACAACAGCAACAGCAGGAACAACAGCAACAGCAGGAACAACAGCAACACCAGUCACGCCUCAGCACCAGCAGCAGAAUUGAGAACUCCAGUCACGCACAGGAAGUGUCGUUGCAUUCGCUCGCGUCCCCCUUUCAUACCGUGCAAGUGGCUGAUGGCAGCAGUGGCGGUAACAGCGAUGGUGAUGGUGGUGUCAGCGUACACGUCGACACGCCCGCAUUUGACUUUGAGUCCCAGCCAACAGGAGCACACACGGACACCACCACCAGCACCACCACCAGCACCACCACCACAGUCACGACAGCAACGACAGAUAGGAAACGCGCUGAGCAUGAGGAUGCAACAGCCCCUUCAUCGUCAUUGCCAUCGUCGUUGUUGGUAAAGGAAGAUGUGUUUGAACAGCCGCAACAGCCGCAUGCACAACCGCAACAACAGGAGCAAUCGAUUGCAGACGAGGCGGCCUCAUCCACGGAUGGCUCGCAUAUGGACAGCCACAACCGCUUCUCGUCAUCCACGGAGCAGUUUUUCGCCUCGCAGUUGAAAGAGGACGCAGAGAAGGACACACAGCAGCAACAGCAGCAACGGCAACAAGAACAGCAGCAGCAGCAGCAACAAGAGCAGCAGCAGCAGGGCGAGCCAGUGCCACAAUCGUCCGUGGAUGUGUCAUCGCCACUGGGGCGGUUGCACGCGUUUCUGCACGAACACAAAGGGAGCGAGGAAGUCGACGCGUUUCGAGAGCAGCUGCAGAGCGAAGCGAGAGACGACUUCACGGUGAAGCGCAUGUCAUUACGCAAGGCGGUGCGGGGGCUGCAGUCCUUCAAGUUGACAACAUCGGAGCUGAUGAAGCUGGCAGAUCAGCUCGACCCAGACAAGACCAUGCGAGUGCCGCUGGCAGCCGUGUUUCAGCGGUGGCAGUGAUGGCGGUGGCGUGUGUGCAGUUGAUUGGUGAUGGUGCUUGUGCUAGUGUUGGCGUUGAUGCUUGUGCUGGCGAUGGUUAGUGUGGCCGCUUUCGGUUGUUGCUGAUGAUGCACAGAUGGUAUCGGCAUGUUCAUGCUUUUUCAAAUGCGCGGGUUUGAAGGGUUUAGGUCCCGUGCUGGUUGUGGUGCAGUUGUAUGUUGAUGUUCAUUACAGAGGCACUCGAGA